GCGGUGUGGCACAGAGUGUUGCCGCUCUGCAGCACCCAUUCGUCACCCUUCCUCUCAGCGGUGGCGCCGCCAGGAAGUCCAAGACCAAGGUAGCGGGAUCACGGGGGAGCGGCGGCGCGCGGACAUUGCUUCCGAGUAACCGUGGUCUGUCCAAGAUCGACGUGUUUAACGGCGCUCUCCAGGACGCCCAGCAGCACCUCCAGCCCGUGGCGGGCGGCCCUACUUGCGAAAAAUGCAAGGCCGCGGGCAGGAACGCCAACCACAAUCACAAGACUUGUGCGUUGCAGCAGAGGAUUGGCUGCGGGCGCUUGACCUCCGCCACAAAAAUGUGGAGUGGAUCAUGCCCCCGGCCCCCCUCUUGCCGCCAGAAGAGUCCGAGUGGGCGCAAGUGGGCGCCUUUCCCACGGCCUCUCGCGGGUUCCCUACUUUGGACGAGGUCACGCGGGACCCGAUGGAAGGCGAAUUGCGCCGCUUGCCAUGGCAGGCUCCCGUGUGGGAUUCCAAAGGUUUCGCGCCAGGCUUCGUGCGAGCUCAUGCUGGAUUCUGGGAGGACUACAUCCUCCGUGAUCAUCCCUUACGUGAUACGUUGACUUCGUACAUCCGGGAUGGCGUAGACCUGUAUGACCUCCUGCUUCCCAAAUUCAGAGGCGAGUCGCCGUCUCUCCCCUACAAUGUUGAUCAUUUCCCGCAGCGUAUUUUCUCCAACCACCGUUGGCCGCCGAAAUUUGACAGCUUUGUCGACGCGGAAAUGCAAUCCCUGCUCGCCAGAGGUUGCAUUUCACGGUGGGCUGAUGUCAAGAGCUCCACCGGUCCGGUGCGUCCUCGCAUGAUCAUGGCUUUGUCGGUGGAGACGUCCAAACCGCGUCUUAUCUAUGACGCUCGACCGCUCAAUAGCUGCACACGGAAAAUACCUUUCGCCAUGGACACGGUAGCGCGCGUGGCUAGCGUCGCGUCGUCGGGAUGCUACAUGACGUCACUCGACGACUCCUCGGCGUUUCAUCAUGUUCUUCUGCGGCCAUCGUCAUGGCCUCUCUUCGGCUUAUCCUACAAGGGCGUCGACUACUGCUGGUGCGUCCUCCCGUUCGGAUUCAGCCUCAGCCCGUACGUCUACCAUACGCUCAGCGAAGCCAAGGCGGCCUUUCAGCGGUCCAAAGGCGCCCCUUCUCUCGCAUACCUCGAUGAUUCUUGGCGGAGCAAUUUUCUGGCCACAUAUGGUCGGCCGGCGCAAGAUCAGUGGUUGGCGGCCGGGGAAGCGACCCACGUCGCCAUGCUGACUUCGCUCUUCUGCGGACAGUUCCUGUCACUCAAGAAGUGCGAGCUUCGACCCGUCACAGCAAUACAAUACCUCGGCAUCAUCUGUGAUUCGGAGACGAUGACCUUCCGGAUCCCCCAAGAGAAGCUGGACAAGCUGCAUGGCUUACUGCGAACAGCUCUGGCCGAUGGGAGCGUGUCCUACCGAACGCUGCAACGCGUUGCGGGCAAGUGCAUGAGCAUGACCGUGGCGAUCCGGCCGGCGUCGCUUUGGACGCAUGCCAUGUUUGCCGUCCUUUCCGCGAUGGACAAAACCAACCAGCGCCAGGUCGAUUUGGCACGUGAUGCUUACGCGGAUCUACGGCAAGAGUUCCAGAAGUGGCUAUCGCUGACGGCUUCUUCGCACGAAGGGCCGUGGCAGCGAGCGAGCCACCUCAUCGUCACCAUCGACGGAUCAUCGGACGCGUCUUCCCUUGGCUGGGGUGGUGCUAUCAACAUUGAAGGAGCUCAAUACCACGCAGGUGGCGUGUUCCCCGACGAUUGGCUACGCAAACAUAUCAACAAGAAGGAGAUGUUUGCGUUAUACCACUUGUUGCGCCUCUUCUGUGCGCGUUUUCCGGCUUCGUUGCAGCGAGCACACGUGCUCAUCGACGUCGACAACACCGCGGUGUGUGGAUCUUUCAACAGGGGGCGGGCGCGCGACCCGGAAACGCAUGCACUUCUUGUUCGUUUGUUCGAGCUACAAGUCGAGUAUGAGUUUAUGCUGUCCCUGCAAUGGGUCCCGUCGGCUGCCAAUGUCGUCGCUGAUGAUAUCUCCCGCCCUUCGCGUGAGGGCAUCAUCAGGCUCAACCCGGCGGCCUUCCAGGCUCUCUGGGAGGACAUGGGGCCGUUUACUAUCGACCUCAUGGCCUCCGACACUUCGGCUCAGCGUAUUCCGGGGUCGGACGUUGUUCUGCCGUUUUUCUCGCGCUAUGAUUGCGAGGGUUCAUCGGGUGUAGAUGUCUUCGCCCAAGACGUGUCUUUGCAUCCACGUACUCAGGAUCGAGCUUUCGGCUAUUGUUUCCCGCCUCCGGUGAUGGCGGGCCACGUAGUGCAACACCUGGCGGAGUGCCACGCGCAUGCGGCUUCGGACCGAGACGUGUUUGACUAUCUCUGCUUCUUGGACACACAAGGUAGUGGUACCAAGUGGGUGCACGACAGGGCAUGCCCUGGCGUCGGCGCAACUCACGGCCGCGAUUGCCUUCCAAACUCGACAUGUGCAAAGCGGUAUGCUGCCGCGUCCAUGCAGAAAGGGAUCGUGUCCAAGCUGAAGAUGGCGAUGCAAGAACAAUUGGGGAAAGAAAGAAGCUGGGACCCUGCCACGCGCUCGGGCAACCCGUGUAGUAGUCCUCUCGUCGACUCCUACCUCGUCUUCACGGGGGAGGAGCAAAAACGUGUGGGUGUCGCUGUCAACCAGGCAGAGGCUAUGUUACCGCACGUCCUCAUCGAUUUGUUGAGGGACAUGCGCUCUCGCGCGCAGACUGCGUCCUCUUUGGCGGAGCGUAUUGAGCUCACCAGGGACGUCGCUUUGUUUUCACUGGCGUUCGCCCCCAUGCGGCGAGGCCAUGACCUCUCCUUCACUAUGGGAUCGCAAGUCCUGCAGUUGCCCGCGGGGCAGGGUCUGAUUUUCAACUUCCAGUUUGGCAAGACUCUCCGCGACUCUGUCGAUGCCGUUGUCGUGAGUCCCGACGUCGCCUGUCCGUCUAUUUGUGCGGUGAGCAACGUUACGGGCUACAUCAGUGCGGCGGAGCGUAUUGGCUGGGACUUGUCCCAAGGGCAUUUGUUUCCGGUCGUCCUGCUGGACGGAACUCGGGAUAUUUGCGAGCGGCGGGACUACCGCACCGCUACACUAUGCACUCGUUCCGCGUCGGAGGUUCUGUUGCGCACUCGCUUGACGGAACGGCGAUGGACGCUAUCAUGA